AUGUAUAGUUAUUGUGAAUCUCUCCUGGCUCAAUUAGCCGCGGUAGAAUCAGCCAACAAGGGUCGUACAGAAAAAAUAAAAACUAAAAUAAAAGAAAAAAUUGCAGAGCAUUUUGAUAAAGUGGGACUCGAUGAAAAUCGACUGGAACAAGAAGUUUUAUUUUAUUCCGAAAAAAUAGAUAUUAGUGAAGAGCAAGUACGUUUAAAGAUUCAUCUGGAUUUUUUAAAAAAUGAACUAAACAAUAGCACUUCCAGUGGAAAGAAACUAAAUUUUAUAACACAAGAAAUAGGUCGUGAGAUCAAUACUAUUGGCUCCAAAGCCAACGAUGCAAAAAUUCAGCAACACGUGGUGACAAUGAAGGAAGAUUUAGAGAAGCUUAAAGAACAAUUAAAUAAUAUA